AUGAAUACCCACAACAAAUCAUCAUCUGCACCUUCUUCUGCUCCAACUCAUUCUUCUCCUGUCAAUUCAAAGGAUGAUAUUUUCUCAGCCUCAAUUUCAAAUGAUGAACCACUUUCAAUUUUUUCCAGAUCAAAGCACCCAGUCAAUCCACCAGCGAAUAAUGACUCUAAACCAAUCGGUACAAACAAGUUUUAUUCAAAUAUGCUUUUAGAAAACCAAAACAAUGCUGUCUGGACCCAACCUUAUUCACUUUGGUUUUCAAAAGAUGAAAAUUAUCAUGGUUUAGCCGUUCAUCAUGUUCCUGCUUCAAGUAGAGUUUCCGGUCCAGAUGCUGGUGCUGAUCCAGUUCAAUUUUUCUUUGGUCCUAAUGGUAUCAAAUCUUUUGUCUUUGGCUCCACAGAUUUCAAUGAUACCCCAUCUUUGUCACUUGAAAACAUCAAACAUAUGUCAGCUGACGCCAAAUUUCAAAGUAAAUCCCAAGGUUGUAUGACAGUUCCUCUAGUCCAAGGUCAAGGGUUUAUUACAAGUAUCUAUUUCAAUUUAAUUCCAAAGCUUUCAAGUGCUGUUGGAUUUGCUUCUGUUAGUGGAGACAAAUCACCAAGAUCAGGUAUCAAUAAAUAUAAAAUUGGUUUGAAUGAUGGUACUACUUGGGUUUUAUACGUCACCAUUCCAAAUGGUCAAUCUUUAGAUUUGGCUCAAAAAGAUGGAAAUAACAUUGUUGGUAGCAAUUCUGUUAACGGUGCUGUUUUCCAACUUGUUAAAGGUGACUCUGGUGUCUAUAAUGAUGCUGCGGGCUCUUAUCCAACGCGUGCACAUUUAACCAAUGGUUCUGUUUCUGAUAAAACAGGUAGCUUUUCAAUUUCAUAUGAUAUUACUGGAUCCUCAAACUCUGGUAAGACCUUGUUAUUUGCAUUGCCACAUCAAGUUGACACUUUUACUUCUGAUAUGGACUCAGCAAAGACUGAUUUGAAAUUGGACACUAUUACAAAAGGUACAGCAACUGCUUACUUGACAGAUACUUUUAAGUUUAGUCUUAAUGUUCCUUCAAAUAUUAGUCUUGAUCCAUACUCCAGUAUUGAUGGUGUUUCUUUGUCAUAUUCAGGUAAUGUCUUACAAAAAAUCAGAGAUGCUGCGUCUAGUGAAGUUAACGGUGACGUUGAGGCAGAAUCAAAUGUGGACUCAAUGUAUUUUGCUGGUAAAGUUCUUGCAAAAUAUGCUUGGAUUCUAUAUGUCACUAAAUAUGUUUUGAAAGAUGAUGGUCUUACAAAUACACUAUUACCAAAAGUCAAAAGUGCAAUUGAAAGGUUCUCCAAAAAUCAACAACAGCUUCCUUUAUCUUAUGACGAAACUUGGAAAGGUAUCAUAUCAACUGGAGAUAGUUCUGCUGAUUUUGGUAAUUCUUACUACAAUGAUCAUCAUUUCCAUUACGGCUACCAUGUUCUUUCCUCUGCAAUCGUUGGAAAAAUUGAUAAAGAACAAGGUGGUAAUUGGGUAGAUUCAGUUAAGGGUUGGGUCAAUGAUUUGGCUAGAGACUUUGCCUCAACAAGUGAUGAUGACCAAUAUUUCCCUGCAUUUAGAUCUUUUGAUUGGUAUAAUGGGCAUUCUUGGGCCAAAGGUGUCUUUGCUUCAGGUGAUGGUAAAGAUCAAGAAUCAAGCUCAGAAGAUUACAAUGCAUAUUACUCCUUGAAAAUUUGGGCUGAUGUUAUCAAUGACAAUUCGUUGAAGCAGAGAAGUGAAAUCAUGUUGGGUAUUUUGAACCAUUCAAUUAACCAUUAUUUCUUAUUGGCUGAUGAUAACAAUACUCAACCAAAAAAUUUCAUCAAAAAUAAAGUCACUGGUAUCCUAUUUGAAAACAAAGUUGAUCACACUACUUAUUUUGGUAACAAUUUGGAAUAUAUUCAAAUGAUUCAUGCUAUCCCAGUCACCUCUUUCAGUUCAUUCAUUAGAAAACCAAAAUUCUGUAAAGAAGAAUGGGACCAAAAAUUAAAAGGUAUCGUUAAUAAUGUCAAUGAUGGUUGGAAAGGUAUUAUUUAUUUGAAUGUUGCAUUAUUUGAUCCAAACUCUUCAUGGAAUUUCUUCAGUGGUGAUGGAUUUAAGAAUGAUUACUUAGAUGGUGGGCAAUCAAAAACUUGGUCACUAACCUAUUCUGGUGCUUUUGCAUCAGCUUGA